UCUUGUUUCCCUCACGAAUACUUAUUCAGUUGAAAUACGUCAUGUCCUAAUCACGUGAUAUUUUACAGCAUGGCGGACAGAAUUCAAUUGUAAACCAUAUAAAAUUAAAUAGGUUUAACUCUAAUUAUCACAACCACAUUACAGCACCUUCUAACAAAAAGGUCAAGAUCGGAGCGAAACAGUACAAGUUCCCAGAGGAGAUGGCUACUUUCCCAGAUGCCAAGAAAAUUUGCGAACAGGACCAGAUGGAAAUAGCUUCUUUAGAUAGCCCCAUUGAAGCUGAAAACAUUUCAAAUUAUUUGCAGUAUAUUGAUUUGCUCGAUAGCCCGGUUUUCUCGUCGUUCUCAUCUCUAAUUUCGGAAGGAGCAAAAUUGUUAUCGGAUUGGGGAUCAGGCACUCCUCCUGGAGGUCCGGGAAAUUGCCUUGUGCAACAGAAGAAACAAUUUUUCAACGCCUCGUGCGAUUCUAAAAACCAUUUUGUUUGCGAAAAUCCGUUGGAGGAUGAUGCAUCAACUAUGGGUUUGGACUCUUUGACUUCAAUUGAAGAUGCUGUUCUGAACUUCGUUGGGGGAAAAAACUUAAUAAUUCCUGAGAACCGUGCUACGAUUCCCGAGGCUACAACUAUUUGCAAAGACAAAGGUCUUGAGCUUAUGUCUCUUGGCUCGAUCGCUGAGCUUGACCCUGUAAAAGACUUACUCGGAGACAUUGGCCUUUCAGCAACCACGUUAUUGACCUCGAUGAAAAAGGUCACCGACGGGGGCACCGAUUGGCUGGGAGAUUUGGCCUCUGCGCUUCUCCCACCCAAAGACCCGUCAAAAGAUGGCGACUGUCUCGGUCUCAGCGCUCUAGGUCUCGAGGGGAUUUCAUGCGACAUGGUUUCCAACUUUGUUUGCGAGGUGCCUGAUCCACCAGGAAUGAAAACCACCGUCAAAGCCACAACCACGACGAAAAAAGCGACUACUCCUGUGACAACCAUUAAGCGAACUUCUCCAACCACUACAAUUCCUAAAUUGUCAAUUGGAACAACUACUCGAAAGACAUCAUCUUCAAGCAUUUUAACUACUACAAAAACCACUACUAUAACUACUUUACCAACUACAACAAAUUCUGCAAAAUCCACUACGACAUCAACAACUACAACCACUGCGCCAUCAACAACGACCACUAGAUCAACAACCACGACGACGACGACGACAACAACAACCAUAACGACGACGACAACAACCACAACAACAACCACAACAACAACAACAACAACAACGACAACAACAACUACUGUAAAAGCAUAUGAAUUUUUAAACUCUUUUCACUAAAAAGUCUGGAAUUGUAGCCCGUUCCGUGUUAUUUGGAAUGUGCAGAUUUCAGCAACUUCUUGGCGGUAAUUCGAAAUUUUAAAAACUGACAUUUUCAUUUGUGGUUACGAACAUUGAUGAUUUCCAAUCGGCCCAUUUAACCAUAUUUAUUUUUAAUUAACUAAAUCUAUUCUUUUAAAGAGUCCAACAGCAAUGCCGAACAUAGGUUUGAACAAAAUUAAAUUUAAAAAAUAAAAUACAGUUUUGAAUCCUCUGAAUCUCAGCUGAUGGCUCAACAAAAGUUUCACCAAAGUGCACAAAUGGGAAAUAUUAUGUUUCAAACGUUAAUGUGCUGAGAAACGAGGCUGGAUUGCGGUGCAAGGCGCUGAACAUGACUCUCCUGGCCGUAACUUCCCUCGAGGAGUUUGACUGCUUGUCUGGCUUGAGUGCCGGAACUUAUUGGACGAGUGGCUCGAACGUGGAUCCGCUUUGUGCGCCGUUGAGUCAGUACUCGUGGUGUUCGACGGGCUACAACAUGUCUCCCUCGUUGAUUUCCUCGAAUAAAUUCUGGCUUUCAACAACGGUAGCACCAACCCCUGCAGAACACUGUUUGGCAUUCGCCAUUUCUGCCACUUCUGUCAAUGGCUUGGUGCACAAAUACUGCAAUGAGAGCCUGCCGUUUAUCUGCCAGUACACCGUUGAGUGUCCUAGCAGCGACGUUUGCAUCAAAAAUAAUUCUUUAUUUGAUUCUUCUGGAAAAUUGAUUGAUUCGCCCUCUUAUGGGUUUUGGACUGCCAUCGGAAACUACACUUAUCUCUUUGGAAAUCAGCCGAUGACUUGGUUGGAGAACUACGCGCAUUGUUGUGCUUUGGGAAUGGAGGCGUUUAAUAUCGAAAAUCUGGCCGAGCAGAAUGCCCUUACUAGAUUUACAAAAAUCAAAUGGGAGGCAACGACGAAUUUCUGGACUUCAGGAACGUCGAAAGGUUCGUCGGCAGGCCUGUGGUCGUGGUGCGAGCCCAAUGGUCCGACGAUUUUCACCCAAAAUCUCGUGUGGGAGACAGGACAGCCAGACAAAAAAGGCGGCAAUGAGAACUGCAUUCAUUUCCGCUUUAUUUUAAAUGCAACAGGAGCAAUCUUGUCAGACAGGAAUUGUGGAAACCGCUACAGUUUCGCGUGCAAGUCUCUGAUCAUCAAACCUCCUUUGAUGUGUGUUGCUACUUGUCCAACUGGGAGCUGCCAACGAUCAUACAUGCUAUUUAACUAUAAUCCACGUUCCAAUCUGGAUGAGCUAAAAGACUAUCAGAGCUAUGGAGGCUGGUACCAAGGAUGUGGACGAAUGUUUUUAGACUACACUAAAAGCGCGGAAAACUGGACCGCAGCUCGGGAUAAAUGCUGCGAAAUCGGCAUGACGCUGGCCUCGAUGGAAUCGGUUGGAAAAUUGAAUUGCUUUUCCAAACUCGUCAACAAUGUAAAUGGCGACUUCUGGCUCUCAGGAACGGACCAGGGUUGCCCUUCAAAAUUCCGGUGGUGCUCGAGAAACCGAGACUUUGUUCCCGCCGAAAUCAAGUGGAAGACUGGACAUCCAAAGGCAGGUCUCACCUGCGUUUAUCUCGAGGUUAGAAACGGAACGUCCCUGCUUGCAACAGCCGACUGUGCAGAACAGAAAAAUCCGCUUUGCGAGAUUCGAAAAAAAGCCACUCCCAACGUGGCUAUGGAGAUGGAAUGCGCAGAAAUCUGGGACGUGCCUUCAGAACAAAUUGACCUGCUUUUUAACGUGACUGCCUUCCUUGCGGCAAGCGUCUCGCGGAACCUGAUGUGCUUCAUAAAAUGCGUUGGGUCUGAAAUGGGAUUGUUUGAGUUUGGAAAGGCAAUGAGCAUGGAAGUGUUGCGGCAAAUAGAACUCGUAGCCCAGGAAAAUCCUGUUUUGCUUGGACAAGCAAUGGCUGCCUUCCUCCAGUGCAGCGCAAUUAAGUUCAAUGACGACUGCACGACUGCCUACGAAAUGUACAAGUGCUGCCAACAAAAGGCGCCUGGCGUGGUUUCGGCAAUAAUAUAUAAUAAUUACGAUAAUGGAUCAAUCUCUUCCCCUCCAAUCGGUUGUAUUCCCACGCGCCGUCGUUGUUGGCUCUCAGAAAACUACCCCUGCGAACUUAAUGUAUGUAUUUAAUAUUUUGUUUCGAAUUUGUUUGAUUCUGUUUAAAGGACACUGCCAGAGAGGAGCUUUAUUUGUAUGGUCGUGGUAUGCAGCACUUUUCUUGAGAUUGCAAUAAAUUUAGUACUUUUCUUCGGAAAAUAGAUAGCAAAGGAUACAUGAAAAUAAUAGGAAACAAAACUUACUAUUUUGGUGACGUUGAUAAUACUGGACUACAUGUAAUCAAUCAAAAUUAGUAUAUAUGGCUGUGAACUUUAGACUUGUCUAUUUAAAUCGUUGAAAAUGAGGUUAGACGGUCUUAGGUGAUUUUAAGUAAUGUUUCAAACUCAUUGAAAUGCUCAUAACGAUCUUAAAGGGUCACAAAACGAGUAUCUAAAUUUCACUGCAUAUAAUUAACCAUCUCACGGCCUCACAGUAAAAAAUCUAAAAAAAAAACAUAACAGAAUCCAGUGGAUAUAUACAAACACUGCUGUGCCCUGGGAAUGAAGCUAAUGGAGCCUGAGACCAAGGCAGAAUAUGCGAUGCUCUAUAAUAUCAUUUCUGCUGUGGGUAAUGCGUUCGUUGGCGAGACGGAGUUCAUCAGCGCGACGCACGAGGUGUGGUGCAACAGCCGCAAAGUUUUGCAGGAUGUAACAUACGAUGAUGUGUACUCAGAAAUUUAUCCCUGUGAGGAGUCGAUCAUCGUUUUGGACCUUUACUCGAAUCGUCUAUAUUCGUUCUCGUUUCCGAACCUCACUGACAAUUACAUGAAUCCGCAGAAAUACGCUAGUUUGCUUAACAUAUUCUAUUCCUUUGUCUGUGUAAAGGCAUAGGAAAAAUUGUUUCCCAUCCAUAUUCCAUAUUUUGAUCUUUGCAUCGUUUUCUUGCGUGAAAAAUGAGUGGUUUGAAUAAAAACAGUUUUAAAUAUUUCA